AUCAGAUUUUUAACGAUUUAAUUAAAUUCGGUUCGCUGUCUUUGUCUUGAGGCAAACAGAGGGGGUUUGAGGAAACCCCCUCUACGGCCACUAUAUAAGCGAUUGCAGUGUUUUUGUUUUGGAUUAUGUAAGACGUGUCAAAGUGCAGUACUGAACAGUGAAACCAUGUUACUGAAAUUCGUCCCUCUUAUCGCACUAUGUGCACUAUCAUUAGCCAAAGACGAUAAAAAAUGGGUUUGGGGCGACAACAGACGCGACCAAACCAGCGGUCGUGUAAAUUUUGACAGAGAAGGACGUUACGAAGUGUAUGAACCUCAACAGUUCCGACCGUCGGAAAACUACUACGAACGGCCCCACAUCCAGUACAGGCCUACCAACCGCCCCGGGGGCGUUUACGGCCAAAUUGGCGGCACCUACGGCCAAGGCCACCCCUACUCCCCCGAAACGGGCGUUUUAACCGGCCCUGUGCCCUCCUGGGUCAAAGAAGGCCCUUACAAAAACUUCGACAAGUGCAAAUGCACCGAAAAAUUCAACUGUAAUUCCCCUGGCAUUUCAUACGGGCAUUGCGACGUCGGCAAACAAUAUUGUUGCUACUCUACGAAAAAAUCCGAUCAAGUUGGCGGCCCUUUGCCCAGCAGGCCCCAAUAUUCCGCCGAAAAUGGCGUUUUGGUGGGCCCUGGAGGGCCGGUUGAUGUGCCCAGACCUGGGGGGUUUAACAGGCCGAGACCAGGGGGUGGGUUUGGGUUAGGGGGUGAAAGGGUUGAGUACGGACCUAUAAGUAAUCGACCGGUGCAUUCGCCAGAAAAUGGGAUUUUGAUUGGACCUGGGGGACCGUUUGAUAGACCUGCAGGGGGCAGACCUGGGGUUGGAGGGGGCUAUGGACUGAGAAGAGCCGGGAAAAGUGCAAAUUGAGGGUUGAAGGGAGGAAACUAGAAGACUGCUUAUGUUACAAACCAAACCAAAAUAAUUUUAAUUACUGUUUUAACGCUUAUCACUCGUAACUAUUGUUUUUAUUUAUUCUAGCAAUAAUUUAACAAAUUGUUAAUCAUUGUUUCAAAAUAUUAAAUAAAAAAUAUAUACAAUUACACAAAAA